CAGCCCGGGCUUUAUUCAGAUAUUUAAAAUCUCCUCGCCGGCCAUGGAGACUUGACGAAAAAGUUCUGCCACUACGAUCCCAAGAAUCGAGCAAAAGUCAAAAUGACACAAAGCCAACUUCAAGCCGUAACUCUCCUUUCCAAAAUGCUGAAAAUCCCGCCUCUGGAAGCACUUUCACUCUUCAAUUCCUCAACCCAGCAAGGCCUCUAUCACACUCAACAAUCCAUAACGGUGAUUAUUCACCACUUUCUCUCCUUUGACAUGCCCUCUUACGCUCAGUCUCUCAUCCAACGAGUACUUUGCGGUGGCCUCACAUCCCCAUUAUUUACGCUUUCUUCUCUUCUUAGCCAUUUAACUCAAGACACUAGGAAUUUCAAUUGUCCGCUUGUUUAUGAAGUGAUUAUUAAUGCUCAUGUUAAUUCUCAGUUGCAACCGGAGCAAGCUCUUUUUUAUUUUGAUCAAAUGGUUGAUAAAGGGUUUGUGCCCCAGUCGGCUAUACUGAAUAAUGUACUGAAUUUUCUUGUGAAGAGGAAUAAAUUCGAGAAAGCUUGGUGUGUAUUUGAUAGAUAUAAGGGGAUAAUUGUUACGGAUGCGCACACUUUUGGGAUUUUGAUGAAGGGUUGUCGUGAUACUGGUGAUCUGAUGAGAGGUUUUCAGGUUUUGGACCAAAUGUCUAGCAUGGGUUAUAGUCCCAAUGUUGUUGUGUAUACUACAUUGAUUGAUGGGUGUUGUAAGAGUGGUGAAGUUGAAAAAGCAAAGGAAUUGUUCUGUAAAAUGGAAGAGCUGGGCUUGGUUGCUAAUCAGUACACUUACACUGUUUUGAUAAAUGGGUUCUUUAAGAAAGGACUUAAAAGAGAUGGAUUCGAGCUCUAUGAGAAGAUGAAGCUUGAUGGGGCUUUGCCUGACUUGUAUACUUACAAUUCUAUUAUAUAUGAGUAUUGCAAGGAUGGAAAGAUGACCAAAGCUUAUGAACUGUUCGAUGAAAUGCGUGAGAGAGGAGUGGCAUGUAAUGUUGUGACAUACAACACUUUGAUUUGGGGAUUAUGCGGAGAAAAGAGGAUGGGCGAUGCAGAGAAAUUCCUAGUUCGGAUAAAACAGGAUGGAUUGAACCCGACCAUAGUUACUUACACCACAUUGAUUAAUGGGUACUGUCAUGCUGGGAAGUUAAAUAAAGCUUUGAGUUUUUUUAAUCAGUUGAAGUCAUUUGGUUUAACACCUUCAUUGACCACGUACAAUGUCUUAAUUGCGGGAUUUUCGAGAACAGAGAAUCUAUCACGAGUUUUAGACUUAGUUCGCGAGAUGGAGGAGAGAGGCAUUUCUCCAUCACAGGUGACAUAUACCAUUCUGAUUGAUGCCUUUGCUCGAUCUUCUGACAUGGAAAAAGCACUUCAGUUUCUUUCCUGUAUGAAGAAGGCUAAUUUGGCACCAGACGUUUGCACUUAUGGUGUCUUGAUAAACGGCUGGUGUUAUCAAGGCAAUAUGAAGGAAGCGUCCAAGUUAUUCACAUCAAUGGACAAAACCAGUGUUCAACCCAAUGAUGUAAUAUACAAUACUAUGAUCUCUGGAUACUGCAAAGAGGGUAGCUCUUACAAAGCCCUGAAGCUCGUCCAAGAAAUGUGUGAAAAACGUAUAAUACCUAAUGAGGCUAGCUAUAACAUGACAAUCCAAGUACUUUGUGAUGAUAAGAAGUGGGAAGAGGCUCAAAUUCUAUGUACUAACAUGAUAAAGUAUGGUCUACGACCAUCCAAAGUUCUCUUUGAUAUUAAGUCUAAAGUAAAAGCCAUCAAUGUUUAGAUCAUUUCAACACGAUUGUGUGGAAAGUUGCAUGGAAUGGAAUCCCCGACUUGCGAAACACGAAUGGAAAUCAUGGCUUCCCUUUCAGCGUACACGACUCCAUUUCUGGUGAGUAUUCAUUCUUUCAUAUGUGCAAAUUUGCUUAUUCCAGCGGGUAUACUUACUUAGGUUCCCUAUAGAUGAGAGGGUGAAAACAUCUCCAUGUCAAAUAUUAGUUUCUUAGAGGAAUUCCAUUUAAAAAAUUUCAAAGAUUGGCUCUAUAAGUAAAUUUUGAAUUAACUGAAAAGCUAUAAGCAUGGUUUUAUUGAAAAUCUUAUGAAUUAUGGUUACAAAAUAUAUGAUAAGCAUAAGCUCCAAAAUAUUGAAUCUUGGGAUGAUUAUAAUUCUAUAUAUUAGUAAGAGACACGACAUGGUCUAAGAAUGAAGGUUUUCUAAAACUCUUAAUUGAAAAUGAGAAAAGGGGGAAAAAUCCUAAAUCAAGAGAAACCAGUGUAAUUUAACAAACAAAAAACAAUGAGAAUACCAUAUUGUAUAUGGCAACUGUUAAUAUAAUCAUCACUACUCGCAUUAAUGGCCUGGGAAGCCUUCAAAGUUUUGAAUGCAAUCAGUAUUGGAUUAAGAAAUUACAUUUCUUUCCAAAUUGAAUGAAGACUGUCUUACCUUUCGGCAUCUCUAAUUGCAAAGUAAGCUACUCCAUCUUCUCAAAUUCUAUUCUUUCUUGCCCUCCUUAAACUCUUGUUGGAAAGAAGACAAGAAAUUGUAUUUUAAUGCUUCCCUGUCCAUAUUGUCAUACCCAUUGUACUUGGUAUUAGAAACUGUUUCACAUUGAUAAAGAGCUUUGCUAAGUGUACUUCAGGGUGUCAUAGC